AGCGAGUCUAAAUUUAAAAAUGUCUUUUUCAUAUAAAUUGAUUAAAUUUUGAGCAAUAGAUAAUUAAACAAAGAUGUUCCUUAUUAAACUAUCCAUUCUUCAAAUGUUGCUAUAAAAGAAGACCUACAAACAAUAUUCCAAGAACUUGCAUCAACAAAGAAAAAAAAAGUUUAAUUUAAGAGAUCGAAAAACUAGUGCAAAAUGUUAAGUAACAAUUGGUUGAUAUUGGUACCAUUGUUUUUAACUUCAUGGGUUUGUUAUACCACAGCUACUGUUUGGUAUGAUCAUAAAGCUAUAACUAUCAAUGGCCAAAGAAGAAUUCUAAUCUCAGGAUCUAUUCAUUACCCCAGAAGCACACCUGAGAUGUGGCCAAGUCUGAUUCAGAAAGCUAAAGAAGGAGGCUUAGAUGUGAUACAAACUUAUGUGUUCUGGAAUGGACACGAACCUAAUCAAGGACAAUAUUAUUUUCAGGACAGGUAUGAUCUAGUGAGGUUCAUCAAAUUAGUACAGCAAGCGGGUCUCUAUGUUAAUCUCCGAAUUGGACCUUACGUUUGCGCUGAAUGGAACUACGGGGGAUUUCCUAUGUGGCUAAAGUAUGUCCCUGGUAUUGAAUUUAGAACUGAUAAUGGACCUUUCAAGGCUGCAAUGCAAAAGUUUGUUACGUAUAUUGUCGAUAUGAUGAAGGGACAAAGAUUGUUUCAGACUCAAGGCGGUCCCAUAAUUCUCUCUCAGAUAGAAAAUGAAUACGGACCAGUGGAAUGGACAAUCGGUGCUCCGGGCAAAGCUUACACAAAAUGGGCGGCUGCAAUGGCAGUUGGUCUUAAUACAGGAGUCCCAUGGAUCAUGUGCAAGCAAGAGACUGCUCCUGAUCCAAUUAUUGAUACCUGCAAUGGAUUCUACUGUGAAGGCUACAAACCAAAUAAUAUCAAUAAACCCAAAAUGUGGACGGAAAAUUGGACUGGCUGGUAUACAGAAUUUGGUGCUGCAGUUCCUUAUAGACCUGCGGAAGAUACAGCAUUUUCAGUUGCAAGGUUUUUUGCAGCCGGGGGUUCAUUUGUAAAUUAUUAUAUGUAUCAUGGAGGAACCAAUUUUGACAGAACUGCAGGCCUUUUCAUGGCCACUAGCUACGAUUAUGACGCACCUCUAGAUGAAUACGGAUUACCACAUGAUCCAAAGUGGGGACAUUUGAGAGACCUUCACAGAGUGCUCAAGCAGAGUCAGGCUGCUCUAGUAUCAGUAGAUCCUCAAAUUAUAUCACUUGGUAAAAACCAAGAGGCUCAUGUGUUCCAAUCAAAGGCAGGAUGUGCAGCAUUCUUGGCAAACUACGACUCCCAAUAUGGUGCAAACGUUAACUUCUGGACUAAACCAUAUUGGCUACCGCGUUGGUCUAUCAGUAUUCUCCCUGAUUGCAAGACUGUAGUUUUUAACACUGCAAAGAUGAGUGCCCAAAGCACACAGAUGUGGAUGAUGCCUACUGGAACUAAAUUUUCUUGGCAGUCACACAUUGAUGAAAUUCCCACUGGUUUUGCACCUGGUACAUUUACCAAAGAUGGCCUUUGGGAGCAGAAGUUUGUUACAGGAGAUAAAACAGAUUACCUGUGGUACAUGACAAAUGUGAAUAUAAAUGCAAAUGAAGGAUUUUUGAGGGCUGGAAAAUCUCCUCUUCUUACAGUUGCUUCAGCUGGCCAUGUUUUGCAUGUUUUCAUCAAUUAUAAACUAGCAGGAACUGUAUAUGGGUCGUUAGAGAAUCCUAGGACAACAUUUAGUCAGAAUGUGCAUUUAGUAGGUGGUGUUAACAGAAUUGCUUUGUUAAGUGCUACAGUCGGUCUUGCGAAUGUGGGUACACAUUUCGAUACAUGGAAUGUUGGGGUUCUAGGUCCAGUCACAUUGCAAGGUCUGAAUCAAGGAACACUAGAUAUGACAAAAUGGAAAUGGUCUUACAAGAUUGGUCUCAAAGGUGAAGAUUUGAAACUCUAUUCGGGAGCUUCAGCAGUUGCUUGGUCUCAAGGAGCACAAUUGGCUAAAGGAACACCAAUGACAUGGUACAAGACUUACUUUGAGGCGCCACCAGGAAACGAUCCGUUAGGUUUAGAUAUGUACACCAUGAGUAAGGGUCAGAUAUUCGUAAAUGGACGCAGUGUAGGACGACAUUGGCCUGCAUAUAAAGCAAAAGGUAACUGUAAUGAUUGCGAUUAUGCUGGAACCUAUGGAGAUCAGAAAUGUAGAUCUAAAUGUGGACAGCCAUCUCAACAAUGGUAUCAUGUUCCACGCUCAUGGCUGAAGCCAACAGGAAAUAUAUUAGUUGUAUUUGAAGAAAUGGGUGGUGAUCCUAAUGGAAUUUCUUUGCUAAAGAGAGUUGUAGGAAGUGUUUGUGCUGAUAUAGAUGAUGACCAGCCAGAAAUGAAAAGCUGGACGGAGAACAUACCAGUCAAACCCAAAGCCCAUUUGUGGUGUCCUCCAGGGAAGAAAUUCUCUAAGGUCAUCUUUGCCAGCUAUGGAUGGCCCCAAGGAAGAUGCGGUUCCUAUCGGCAAGGGAAGUGCCACGCACAAAAGUCAUGGGACCCUUUCACAAGGGACUGUCUUGGAAAACCAUCAUGCGAUGUACUUGUGGCUCCCGAAAAUUUUGGAGGGGACCCAUGUCCAGGAAGUACAAAGAGACUCUCAGUCCAACUUCAGUGCAGCUGAAAUACAGAAAAUCAAGAUUGAGUUAUCGAAAGCAUGUUUAGAAACGAAAAGAAAAUAUUACACCAUUUAUUAGAAUUUUAAACUCAUAUUCUCAAAGAUUAUUGUUCUCUACUGAAAUUUACUACAUAGUUUGGCAAAGCCAAAUAUCAGUAACUGUGUAUAAAAAUAUGUACAUAAACAUGCUCUUAAUUGUUAAGAGCAUUUUUAUAAAUUGGAAAAAAAAAAUACUUUGUGAAUA